UACGACAAGAGCGGUGUCACCGAAGACACGCCAAACUUCAGGUCGCGACCCGAUUAUAGCAGUUUCAAGCGCUUUGAUUUUGACCCCUUCGACACCUAUACCUUUACCAGCGGUUCCGGUGGACAACAGUAUCACUUCAAUUUUAACGCUCCCAACACUUACCACAAGAUGACCAUAACUGCCAGGGCUUACGAGAACAACGUUAUCCCGGCCUCGCAUUCGCGGCCGUAUUUAAUACUAUUCUACGGCGACCUAUGCUUCGCGUGCCUACAAAUGGAGACCUAUUGGCAGAAGAUUGUCACCGAUUUGGAACCGCUGGGCGUCGGGUUUGCGACCAUUCAUUCGCAACACGAGAGCAAAUUGGCCCGAAAGCUGUCCGUACAGACACUGCCGUACAUCAUGUCUCUGGUGGAGGGCGAGCCGCGCGCCUAUCGGGAGCCGCAAAUCAGUUUACCGAAUAUCGUUGAAUUCAUUCGCAGAUCACUGCCCAAAGAUCUGGUCCAAGAGGUGACUGACAGUAAUUACGAGCAGUUCCUGAAUGGAUGGCACGACAACAGAGUGCGGACACUGUUUGUCACCGAAGAGUCAAAUAUUAGACUUCGGUACCAAUUGAUUGCCUACGAGUUCCGGGAGCGCAUAGCCUUCGCACACGUGACCGGCAACGAGGCCUCCCGACAGAUACUCACCCGUUAUCGAGUGGACCCGAAGAUGAACUCAAUGCUCAUAUUCAACGAAGACAUCACCCGAACCACAGCCACGUUAUCGGUGUUUGAACUCAAGCCUCAACUCAUGCGCGACGUUCUCGAGUCCAAUAAGUUUUUGCUUUUGCCACGACUGGCCUCUCAGGCAAUGUUCGACCAGUUGUGUCCGACAGAGAGUGUCCGCUCCCGGCGUCGACUGUGCGUA